AUGUCGCCGCGGGCCGUUAGGUCACAGAUUGCUGCGGGACAGGAAGCUGUGUUUCGAUAUGGCCAGCGUUUGAGAACUUGGGCAGACCAGAGCUCUCCAUGCCAUCCGAGACUCUGGUGCUUUUUGGUUGGCCCAGUGUUUCUGACCACUGUCCUGUUGGCUUCAACGGUGAAUAUUUUCUGGAAGAAUAGCUUUGACAACAGCCUGAAGCGUCAGCAAGAAGCUGAUGAUUCCAUCCUCAACAAGUUCAAUGAUUCUUUCACGGAAAUCCUGACUCACAUGGCUCACCAGCUACAGUCGUCUACAGCCGAAUCUGCUGCGGAUCGCGUUUCACGAUACACGAGACAGCCUGAAUUGGUUGUGCGCAUCAACAAGGAUGCAUUCAAAUCACUUUUGCCCCUUCCACAGUCAGAGUCAAUUAACUUAAUCUUCAAGCGCCUUUGGCUGGAAUCCACGAAGCUUUUUCCUGAAGUUGAUUACAUAUACUAUGGCGACAAAUUUGGUGCCUUUGUGGGCUAUGAGCGGUUGCCACCGAAAUUUGUUGAAGAGUUUGAUUUCUCGAAAAGCACUGGGGUUUUCGGUGCAGAGUUUCGGGCCCCAGAUGGGGCUGGAGCUGUGCAGCUUUGCGAGAUGUGUCCACCUGCCUUUGCAGCGCGACCAGGUGCAAAGACUUAUUAUUUUGUGAAUGAUGAGGGCGUAUAUUUGCAAUCCUAUAAGGAACAUGCCUAUGAUCCCAGAGAGAGACCCUGGUACCAAGCAGCAGCCGCGGGCAAAGGUGAGCUGGUGUGGCUGGAGAUUUACAAUCACAGCAGUGGUCACACCUUAGGCAUGACUGCUGCAAUGGCAAUCAUGGCAGGCUCCGAGGUUGCCGCAGUGGUGGCGGCGGAUUUCACGGUGUCGUACUUCAGCGACUUCUUACAGUAUGUCACAGACGUCAUUGCACACGAAGCAGGUUUCAUUGUGAACUGGGAGACUGGGCUGAUGGUUGCAAGCUCUUUGGGCAUCAGCCAUGUGGCCAAGACCAUAGAUUCUGACGACAGCACUGCACAGGUCAGGUAUCAUUGGACACAAGUCUCAGAUACCAUGGUGCAAUCAUCAAUCCGAACAUUGCUGCACUUGUACGGCUCCUUGGAGAAUUUGCCUGCAAAUGGAACGGAAACCAGUGAUGAUGGCAGGUUCUUGCUCACCUUCUCCCAAGGGGAAGCCGCAAGUUUCCAGGCCACCCAACAUUGGCUGGUGGUUGUUACCUGUCCUGUGAAAUCCUUCAUGGAACUCAGCUGGAAGCAGCAAACUUGGGCUGCGGCACGUAGCUCAGAGGUUCAUGAUGAACUACAGAAAUCUUUGGCGAGUCAAGAGGUGCUCACAAUUUGGACUUGUGCAGGUUUCGCUUUUCUUGGUGUCGUGAUCAUGGCCUGUAUUGGGCUCGCAGUAACUCAGCCCUUGAAGAAAAUAUCAUUGGACAUGCUGUCCCUGGCGAAGCUGGAAUUUCUACCCGACAGGCAUGACAGACAUGACAGACAUGACAGACAUCUCACGGGCAGCAUGCGAAGAAGUAUCGUGAACCGAAGGAAUUCCAUCAGUUUCAUUAGCCUCGCGGGGAUUUCCAGACUGAUGUCGAACUUGGUUGGCAACAAAAGCAUGGGCAGUGACAGUGAGCGCAGUGAGGACAGCAGUGAAGACAGCAGUGAUUCACAGAAUUCGGACAGUGAUGAUCAAGAGCUGGACCUGGAAAGCUCUGGUAGAUGCUGGAACCAUGCCAUUCCAAGGGAAGUGGUCAACAUGCGGGAGUCCUUUCUGUACAUGGUGACAGGCCUAAAGUCCUUUGCUCGGUACAUGGAUCCGGAAAUUAUGAGAAUUCUGGUGAAGAGUAGGCGACAAGCUCAGCUUGGCAUGGGCAAAGCACAGGUGACGGUCUUCUUUAGUGACAUUGCCAACUUCACCACGAUUGCCGAAAGCUUGGAACCUGAGACGUUCAUGUCGAUGCUCAGCGAAUACCUUGAUGAAAUGAGCAAGAUUAUCAUGGCCAAGCGAGGGGUUGUGGGUGAGUUUAUUGGUGAUGCCAUCAUGGCAUGGUGGAAUGUGCCCAUUGAUUUAGGACAGGAACACACAGCCAUGGCCUUGGAUGCCGCCCUUUGUCAACAACUCCGUUUGCAAGAGCUCCGUGACGUUUGGGAAGCAAAAAGUCUACCUGAAGUCAGGGUUCGCAUGGGUCUUGUUCGGGGCACUGUGCUUGCUGGAAAUAUUGGCAGUUCCCAAAGAAUGAAAUAUGGUUUAGUUGGUGAUAGUGUGAAUUUGGCAUCUCGUUUGGAAGGCCUUUGCAAGUACUAUGGGGUGAGCGUCAUUAUUGAGCAAGAGGCGGCUUUUGCGCCAGCUGUGCAAAAUCGUUUUCAUCUACGCGUGUUGGAUUUGGUAACCGUGAAAGGACGCACCCAUGCUACAGAACUGUAUCAGCUACUUGCAGAGAAGGGCGAUUUGCCAGAUGAAUUUGAUGCAGAAGAGGAUUUACAAUACUUCAUUGGAGGUUUUGCAGAGAUUCAUCGCCUGUAUCGGUCGAAGAAUUUCGGUGCCUGUGCUGAGGCAUUGAAACAGUACAGACGGCAGUUCCCUCAAGACACGCCAAGCAAGAUGCUUCUCCGACGUGUUGAGACCUUGCUGAACGAGGGGCUGCCAGCUGACUGGGACGCAGUUCACAGGCUAACAGAAAAAUGACAGAAGUGUCCCGCCCUGAUGGGCUAAAAUGUGGCACUGUAUUGAUGCAGUGAGACGCGAUCGUCGACCGUUUUUUUUCAUUACAUAGCUUUUUAUGUUUUUUGUUGAGGUGCACUUGUGCCUUUGUCAAUGUCUUUGCCUCAGAGUAGUGGGGAAACCUUCAGGUCCUUUCACCCUGAUGGCCAAAUAAUGUGAAGCUAGAGCACCGCUCAAUGGCCUUGCCCGGCUUUCCGUG